AUGAAUAAAAAUAUUUUAAUAACUGUGAUUAUUUCUUUAUUUUUCAAUGAAUUAAAAGCUGCAAACUGUCCUUAUGGUACUGAAACUGAUAUUGCUGGUUAAAGAAAUGAUCGAGGGAAUAUAGCAAAUUGUGUUAACUGUAGAGCUAAUUAUUAUUUUAAUGGUUCUUCUGCCGAUUUCAUUCCUGGUGUUAGUUAAUGCGGAAGAUGUACAUAUUCUAAAACUGUAGGUGCUUAAGCCAAUCCAGGUCGUAUAGCUACAUUAGCCCUUUAAUGUGAUGAUAAUUGUCCUGAUGGUACUUAGACUGCCCUUGGAAAAACAAAAUAUGUAGCAUAAAAAUAAGAAUGUAGUUUUUGUAAAGCUAACUAUUAUUAUGAAACUACUAAAGAUUUUGUUUUCUUAUUAGGUUUUAGCAGAUGUGACGUUUGCCCAGUAAAAAAAGCUUCUGGUUCAUAAGCAACUGCAGGCACUAAUGCUUCAAUAGUUAAAUAAUGUGACGUUGCUUGUCCUGCUGGCACUGCAACCGCUUAUGGAGCAACCAGUUAUGUAUAAAAUAAAAAUGAAUGUACUUAUUGUGAUGCUAACUUUUAUUAUAAAUAUACUAAUUUUAAUCCAGGUUAUAGUACAUGCUCAGCUUGUCCAAUAAAAAAGACUUUAGAUGCUAAACACACUUAAGGUGAUAAUGCUAAAAUAGAUGUAUAAUGUGAUGUUGCAUGUCCUGUCGGUACUGUAACUUUUAAUGGAAAAACAACAAAUUUUGAAAAUGAUAAAUCCGAAUGUGUUAAAUGUGCUGCUAAUUUUUAUACUAGAAAGUAAAAUGGUUGGAUAGCAGGUACUGAUAUAUGUAUUCCGUGUCCUAAUAUUUUGAUUUCAGGCGCAUAAGCAAAUUACCCUAUGUUUGCUUCCCAGGCUAAAUAAUGCAAAGUUGUUUUUUCAUAAUUUUUAUCAUUUUCAUUAUUAUUUAUUUGUUUAUAUUUUAUAUUAUGA